AUGUUUCAAAUACUCGUAGUGGCACUCAUAUGUUCAGGUAUUCAUGGUUCUAAAAUAUGUUAUCGAUGCGAUAAUAAAAAUCCAUCAUCGAGUUGGAAGUUGAUUGGUGAAAAGAUUACGAAAUGUGAUGGUGUUCCAUUUGAAAAUUAUGCUACAAAAACAUCAAAAGCGCUUGGAGCACAAGUUCUUACUUGUUUUACUGAAUUUGAUGCAAGUGGAAAGAUUGUUAAACGUGGUGCUUAUGACUUGGGUGAAGUCAUUAACAAAAAUUUUAAAUGUAAUGAUCGAUUUCAUAUUUGCUGUGAGAAAGCUUUUUGUAAUACCGAUAUGGUCGCUCCAUGUCCACCAGCAGAAAGAGUUACCGAAAAAAAAGAAGUAAAAGCAUGUUAUCAGUGUAAAGGCGCUGCUAAUUGUGAAACAGAAAAGUUAAGUGGUUCAGAUGUUCGAGUAUCAGCUGCUUUGGGCGGUAGUACUCUUUACUGUUAUUCGAAAUUCGAUGAUAAAACAGGUAAAGUUGUCGAACGUGGAGGAUUUGGUUAUGCUGCAGUAGUUGAUAAAAAUCUAAAAUGUGAUUCAAAAUUUUACUUAUGUUGCUAUGAAAAUUUAUGUAAUAAACAAUCAACAGGCUAUUGUGGAGGUGGAGGUGGAGGUGCAACAACAUUAUCAACAUUAUCAUCAAAGCCAAAACCAAAACUUAAAAAGAAAUUAAAAUCAAAAAUGAAAACCACAACGACGUCAUAG